AUGUCAAAUCUCUAAUCUUGCUUUAGAUCAGGAACACAGACAGGAACAAAAACCUUCUUACUGAAUGGGAAGAACUGCUGAAAGAAGUCUGGUCUGGCUCCAAGCACGCAAUGUUUCCUGUUGUCGGUUUAUCAGCGCAGAUUCGGACUGAGAUGAGAUAAAACUGCAGCUCAACUAAACAGACAAUUUUUAUCGUCACGAAUUUAAUCAGCAUUUUUGGUGUCGAGAGAAAUCUUCGGACGAUUUUUUUCCCCCCCAACAGAAAGAGUAGCUGGUCGAAGCAGGAGAGGAUGUGAGCUUAGUAAAACAUCCACAGUAGUCUCUUCGACGUGAAGUGGAGGAUUUAUUGAACUCUUUUAUAAGUUUUGUUUCACAUUAGCUUCAUGUGAAACAGUUUUGGCUAACCAGGCACGCCUCGCGCUCACUUUGAUAUGGGAGCCGCGCGGAGUUCACGUUCGUCAAGUUAAAAAAAAAAAAAACACACCACAAGAGAUGGGAAGCUGUGCCUGGCUCAUAUUAGCAAGUGUUGGAAUGUUUCUGUGGAUCUCUGCUGGCCUUGCAGAUUCCAGCCAUGUUGGGAAGUUAGUGUGUAUAUGUGAGAAUGAGAAAGGGACAUGCGUGAAUGGAACCUGCAGAGGAGACAUCUGCUUCUUCACAUCCAUGAAUGACUAUAACGAGAGGGGCUGUUUCUUCUUGGUUCACCAUAGAGAGAACUGCUACUCCUCCUUUAAAGGCUUGUAUGUCAAAUGCUGUAUGGAAAACUACUGCAACACCUUCACCACAGCACCUCCAGAUGUUGUUGAGCCUAAACCAAAUAAUCCAGAUGUGGUUCUUUGGAUCACUCUGCCUUUACUGUUGUUGGUCAUCGUGGCUGCCAGUGGGUGGGGCCUGGUACUGAUGUUGCGUGCCCGGCGUACCCACUGCAGACUAGGAAAUGCUGAAGAUCAUGAUAACAAAAUGCUCAAAGUCCCUAAUGGAGAUGACCCCACAUAUGGCGAGAUCUUUGAUGAGUUUUGUACGUCGGGGAGUGGGACGGGGCUGCCCUAUUUGGUGCAAAGGACGAUGGCGAGACAGAUAUCACUUGUUGAGUGUGUUGGUAAAGGCAGGUACGGGGAGGUGUGGAGAGGAACAUGGAUGGGGGAGAGUGUGGCGGUCAAGAUCUUCUCCUCUAGGGAUGAGCAGUCCUGGUUUAGAGAGACUGAGAUCUACAAUACUGUACAGCUCCGACACGACAACAUUCUGGGUUUCAUUGCCUCUGACAUGACAUCCAAGAAUUCCAGCACACAGCUGUGGCUCGUCACCCACUUUCAUGAGUUGGGUUCACUCUACGACUUCUUGCAGUACAGCAGCUUGGAGCCUGAGAGCUGCCUGAAAAUGUGCCUGUCUGUGGCCUGUGGCCUAGUUCACCUCCACACUGAGAUUGUCAGCUCCCAGGGCAAGCCUGCUAUUGCCCAUCGAGACCUGAAGAGCCGAAACAUCCUGGUAAAACGGAAUGGACAGUGCUGCAUUGCUGAUCUAGGUCUGGCAGUGAUACAUUCUCAAUCCAACGACUACCUCGAUGUGGGCAACAACCCACGUGUGGGCACGAAGCGCUACAUGGCCCCCGAGGUGCUGGAUGAGAGUAUUCGUAUGGACGUCUUUGAGUCCUACAAACAAAGUGAUAUCUGGGCCCUGGGCCUGGUCUUCUGGGAAAUCAGCCGACGGAGCAUUGUCAAUGGGAUUGUGGAAGAAUACCGCCCUCCCUUCUUUGACUUGGUACCCUCUGAUCCCAGUUAUGAAGAGAUGAAGAAGGUGGUGUGUGUGGACCAGCAGAGGCCCAAUCUGCACAACAGACUCCAUUCCCACCCAAUUUUGUCAGCCAUUGUGAAGAUCAUGAGGGAGUGUUGGUUCCAGAGCCCUUCAGCUCGCCUCACAGCCCUGCGGGUGAGGAAGACUCUCUCCAAAUUGGACCACAAUAGCGACUUCAACGUUGAGAAACUCAAACAGGAUGUUUAAUUGAACAUACCAGAAGAAAGCAGGGAUAUAAGAAUUAAAAAGUUAAAAGAAAUUUUGUAACACAUUCCUUCAGCACAAGGUGAAUAUUAUUAACCGUUUAGAGUUAAUAACGCACACAUUCAAUAUAUUUUGUUAAAACCAGUGGUGGGCACAGCUAACCAAAAAGUUAGCUUUGAUGACCACUAAUCUGCUAACUGAAAUGUUAACUUUUAUAACGAUAAACCAAUGAACUGAAAAAAAAAAAAAAUAGCGGAAGCUACAGCUACCCACUAACUUUUACUAUUGAGUAUUGCAAAACUGAAAAUUCUGUUUAAGUGUGUUUUUAUUGUUUUUUAUGUGGUCCCCCGCUUUUUUUUUUUUUUUUUUUAAACAAAAGCACCAAAACUAAUCAGAGCAUUGUCUGCUCAGUUAUUCAUUAUCAGGUGGGUGUUAGUUUCUCAUAAUUUAACUUACAAGUAAGCAAAUAAAUGGUCUGAAGUAUGUGGUUAGACUACUGUCUGUCUUCGAGAGCAUACUUUUUCAAUUUGAUCUCUGUUCUUGCUCUUGGAUUUUUAUGAUAAAAUUGAACCAACACUUCUCAACUAAUAGAACAUAAAAUGUGGCGCACUGCACUGAAGUGAUCCUUGAUCCUCGCAUUCAGUUUGAUUCUUAAGCAACCUCUUAUGGGUUGGGUAUUAUAUGUUUUUAAUCUGUGCAAGCAGCAGUAUAUCUGAGUGCAGAUGUACAUUUUUAAACAACAACUGAAAAUCUGUGAGCGACCAAGGGCUAUUUGAGUGCAAGUGCACAGCUUUGAGAGACAGCAUGCAAUAUGUAAAUGU